AUGGAGGUGCUGCGAGCUCGCUUCCUGCUCACCUGCGGCCACUUGGUGGCCACGUGCUUGACUGGGCUCGAGGCGGCCGGCAUUGUGGCGUACCUGUCCUUUGCCGCGGCGAUCGGGAGCCUCUUCGCUGGCCUCGACGUCUUCUCGCCGACGAAGAAUGCCGUGCACAUCUUCUGUCACUUCGUGGGAGGAGUGCUGGUGUGUCAAGGGAUCCUGCACGACCUGGACCCGUCCCGGUAUCUGUGGUACGCGGUGAUGCUGGCUCACGUGCCCAGCUCAUUGUGCACACUAGACACCAUUGGUCAGCUCUUCCUGCUCAAAACUGCUCGGCAGUCUUAUUGA